UUUUAGCUUCUGGUCGGACGUGCGCCGCCAGUUAAACCUUUUAGAUCCCAGUUCAUCGGGAGAUUUUUUUAUUAAUUAAUUAUUUUUUUUAAAAGAAGAAACGCGAAGAUGAACAUUUUAAAAAUCGGAUGAAAAACAAUCGGAUCUUCAGUUUCCGCCGGAACUAUUUUCAGCGUCUCCUCGUCGUCCCCGUGGCCUCGCCAGCGUCAUGGUGGACGUUGCCGUGAAGAGCAGCGCCGCGUGGACCUGUCGGGGACGUCGGUUGUCCGACGUGCUGCUUCCUGUUCACAUCGGUGACGAAGAGGAGCUCGGCCAGCCAGAAGGAGACGAGACCAACUGGGGCGGCCCGGUGCUGCUGGAGCAGACGGAGGACGGGUCUCCUUGCCUCCUGACGCUCCGCUGCGCCUCCUGCUCGCCCGCGGCCAUCAGCCGCCUGCUGGUCGUCAGCGAGGCUCGAACAAUGGAGGCGUACGACCAGACGGGUGAAUACUGCGGUACCGUGCGCGGGGAGAGGAGUGACGGCGUGCAGCCAGACAGUUCAGACAGAGGGCCUUUCUACAGGAAACAGCUGAUCCUGGAGCAUCCGUCCUCCGCCUGCGAAGUGAAGCUGCUCUCGCUGGGCGGUAGAAGCAGCGUGUUGGUGUGCCGAGUCGUCGUGGGCCUCCAGGCGCUGCAGCCCGCCGCGGCUCGCGGCCCCGGCAUCGACAUGCAGCAGGUGCAGUGUCUGGUGGAGGAGAUGGGCACGAGCCUCUCGCCGGGAGCCCGGAACCUCAUGGACAUGGUGCACUUCCAGCAGAAGAACCAGACCGGCUCUCUCGGGGGCUUCCUGCCUCUCCUGAUGGGCGGUGGCGUUCUCUCUGCCCUGGCUCAGGGAGCCAACGUCACCCAGCCGCAGCCUGCAGACUCCAGGAGUGUGUUUCCACCGGCGCAGAACGGCUCCUCCUCCUCCUCCUCCUCCUCCUCCUCCUCAGACCUGCUGGUUUCUGCUGUCAACACCGAGAUUAUAGCGGGCAGCGAGAGCGGCGCCCAGCUGGCGGAGAUGAUGUCCCGCCUCCUGAGAGGUCACGGCCAGGCGGCGACCUCCGGCCCGGAGCUGCUGCCCGUGCUCCAGAGCCUCUGUGGUCAGGUGACCAAGCUGAGACUGGACGACGCCACGGAGAAGGAGAGGGAGUUGGACUCGGCCAUGGAGCGCCGUCUGGAGGAGAUGGAGAGGAGGCUGAAGGAGCACGUGGACCGCCGCCUGGACGCUCUGGAGCAGAAGCUGGAGAAGGCCCUGCUCGGCGCCCUGCAGCAGGAGGGGGGCGGCUCGGCUCCCCCGGGACCCUUUGAGCAGACCGGCCCCACAGCAGCCACGCCCUGAGGCCAGAACACCUCAAACCUUCACUGGACCUCAGUGUCAGAGGGAAAGCAGAGCGGCACGCCCACAAUAACAGAAAUACAAGAGAAAAGAGGGCUGAAAUGGGAAAUAUUAAUCAAAUAACACAACUAUUGCAAUAUGCUGUGUAUUCAAGUGUCCUGCUGCCAAAGAAGAAGUUUGUUUGUCUUGUGUUUGUGGGGCAAUAACAAGUGAAUGCUCCACUGGCCAGAUUGGGUUUCGUGGCUGCAAUGCAUCCUGGGAAAGUUUAGCCACAUGAAGGGGAGAAAGAGAAAAAAAAAAAGUACCUGGAAAUACAUCACCAACAACCCGGCUGAAACCAAGCGGGACCUUUUUCAAACUAUUAAAAUGAAGUAAAACGGAGCAUAUGAUCGCAUCCAUAACAUCAUAAUGAUUUACAUGCAACAGAACACUUAUUUAUUCACAUUGUGAUGUGCAUGUAAACAAGUUGUCCUCCAGUUAAUACCAACACGUUCUGUAACUGCACUGAUCUGUCGGUGGAAAAUAUGUGCUUGUGUAUGUAUGUAUAUAUAUAUAUAUAUAUAUAUACAUGUGUGUGUAUAUAUAUAUAUAUAUUAUACAUACAUAUACACAAUGUGUAACUGAUUAAUAUGUUUUAAUACGACACGGUAAUGUUUGACAUAACUUACAUGUCGACACUGUAAACUACUAAAAGAACAGUUUUCACCUGUGAUGUUGAUUGUU